AUGUGCGAAGACAAUGAUGUCUCUACUGGAAAUGUCAUGUAUUUCAUCGAUGUAAGAAAAAUUUGUCAAACCAUUGGCAUUGUUGUGUUGGCUGACUCUGGCUUGAUGCAGUCUGGCGACAUUUUCUUUAUGCUCAUAGACCUCAAAAUUACCCUUAUCAAACUUUGUGAGGGAAAUAGGGCAAAGAGAAUGCAGGAAUUGAAGGAUGCCUUAGAAUUGAAGGACUUUGAGACUAACUUGGACCGGAAGAAUGGGCUAUAUAACUGUUUGUUUGCAUGUAUGCUGUCGCCAAAUAUCACAGCAUAUGUUACUGAUACUCAGCAUCAUAUAAUGGACUUCAUUACCACUCAUUCCAAUGUCUUCAAAAUUCCUCCUGGAAUGCUCAAGGAUGUCAAACUCAGAGCUCAGUUGGGCAAAUCAGUUACAAAGCUACUUACAGGCAUUCAGAGUGUCAUCAAGAAUGCCCUCACUGUGUCAGUUGUCAAGUGCACGAGCAUCGCUGAUGUGACGAGGGCACUUGCACACAGCGGGUCUGGUAUGGAAGUUGACUCUACUCAUUGGAACAGGAUCGUGCUCCUGCGGUGUCUUCUACGAAUUUUUCUCAUUGGAGUCAGUGACUACAAAAAUGCUUCCAUCAACAAUUUAUUUUCCCCUUACCUUAUUCCAUCACUUAAGCAGGAUAUGCGGUGCAAAGUUGAAUGUGAACUUGGUGUCAACAUUGCACAGCUUGAAGAUGACUUGUUUGGCACUAACGAUGCACUUGGGUCUAACAAUCAGGCCUCCCCAGACACUCCAACAGGUAAUGGUCAUGCACCCAGUGCUAGGAGGAUUGAGAAUGGUGCCAACAUGGAUGAUGAAGAGCUUGAGGACCAAAGUGGAGCGCAGCUGGGUGGUGGGGAUGCUAAUGGAGAGGAAGAGGAAUUGAAUGGGCUCGGGAACAGUAUCAAAACUGCUGCAGUCUUACUAGAUGAUCCACUGGACUCCAGAUUUGGACUGGUUGAAGGUACUCCAGCACACUACACCAAUACCAUCAGAUUCUGGAACUUUGUCAACCACUCACUCUUAGUCAUGCACCAAAUAUCUAAGGAAGCCUCCUCCACUCCUGCUGAGCAAGAGAAGGAGUUGCAGAAGUUGUUCAUUGAAAUAUUCCAAGCUGAUCUUGCCAAGUUUCCUGGUGGCAAGAAGGUCUCAAAGUUAAUUUCAAGGACGAAUCCUCAUUGGCAGACUGCUAUUCAGACCAAGCUUAUUUGGACCGCCUAA